CAAACGAAAAGUAAAAAGUCGAAAGGAGAAAAAGAAGCAAAGAGGCAGCAACAAGCAAAGAAAUCGCACGCGAAACUUUUUUCUCUGCUAGUGUUUAGCAAUAAUUCACAGCUAAUUUCGUGCGUAUAUUUGUGUAGAACGGUUCACAGUUCGCCAAAUAACGGUUUGUGGACAGCUGGCCGCGAGUGUAAACAGAACGCGCUACCCUCUCGCUCGCACUCGCACGCGCACCAGAAGCUCGGUCAUCUCAAGUAUUUCUUAUCAGACGGAUUCCCCAACCUUGGGCCUACAUAGGUUAACAUAUAGGUUAAUAGCCCGCUCUAAUCUUUAAUCCGUUCCGAGAGAGUACAGCGCACAGCAUGGCAGCGACGCCAGCAGCGACAGCAACGUCGGCUGCGGCAAAAACUCCUGUGAAUCCCUUGUCCCCCGAGGAGGAGACCCUUCUGCGCGGCCUGAACAAGCUGCGCAACGAGGAGAAACUCACGGACGUCACUCUGAUCGUCGAGGAUCACCGAUUCAAGGCUCACCGCGUCGUCCUGGCGGCCAGCAGCGACUACUUUUGCGCCAUGUUCGCCGACUGUGCCAUGAUUGAGUCGCGCCAGGACGAGAUCAAUCUCUACGGUAUUAAAGCCAGGGCCAUGGGCUCGAUCAUCGACUACAUAUACACAUCGGUGCUGGAGCUGAACUACGAUAACAUCGAGGAGAUCCUGGCGGCAGCCACGCACGUCCAGGUGCGCGAGGUGAUUGAGCGAUGCACGAUCUUUCUGGGCGCAAAGAUCGAGAUGGAAAACUGCCUGGCCAUUGCGGGAAUGGCCGAUAUCUAUGGAAUUAUGGACUUAUCCGAAAGGGCCUACCGCUAUAUGUGCGCUCACUUUGAGGAGUUCGCGACCACAUCGGACUUCAAAGAAAUGAAGGUGGACCAGCUGCGCUUCAUCCUCACCAGCAACUUUCCCAUUGACGUGGCCGAGCAGGAUCUGGUGCGUCUGGUAUGCAGCUUUGCGAUCGAACAACAGCUGAAUGAGAGCGCCUUGGGGGAUCUGCUGAGGCUGAUCAAAUGGCCACACAUCAGCUAUAAGUCCGUGGACGAACUGAGGAACAUGAACUGCUCGCUGGAUAAGGGAAAGCAGCUGCCACUGCCCACCAGCUACUACAACCGAAUAAAACAGGAGCACAUGCGGCACCGACUCAACGGAGUGGUGCCCCUGAAGGAUCAGUCACUGCCACAGGGACCAACAAACAUGCGGGGCAUGGAGCUCUGCCUGCUGAAGAUCGGGGGCUUCGAGGGGAACGGACUGACCAAUGUAAUAAUGUGCUUUUCGCCAAAGAAAAUGAAUUGGUAUGAGUUGACCGCCAUUCCCCACAUCGAUCAGUGCAACUUUGGAACGGCUGUACUAAACAACAAACUGUUCAUCGUGGGCGGAGCGUACGAUGUCUUUUUGAAGGAGUACAUCCAUCCCUUUGGCUUCUGUUACUGUCCGCUCAGGAAUACCUGGAUGACCAUAGCACCCAUUCAGCAGGAUCGCUGCCGUUUCUCGUUGAACGCAGUGGGCACUCAGCAUCUGUAUGCGGUGGGCGGCAUUCUGGACGAUGAUAACGAAGAAGCCCUGCGCAUGGUCUCCAACGUGGAGCGCUACGAUAUCGUCAAGAAUGUAUGGACCUAUAUGCCUAGUCUGCAGGAGAAUCGCAGUCAGCAUGCCGGCGUCGUUGUGGGCGACAAGCUUUACAUCUCUGGUGGCGUCCACUUGGCCAACAUACUGGCGAGCAUGUGGGUAUUCGACACAAAGACGGAAGUCUGGCAGGAGCUGGCCCCGAUGCCCACGCCCUGCUGUGACCACGUUUUGGUGGCGUUGGAUAAUCGCAUCUAUGCCUGCGGCGGAUGGCACGAGAGUUUGACGGAAUGGCGGGUUCUGGUGGAGCACAUAUAUGCCUAUGAUAUUGAGACCAACACGUGGAGCCUGGAGACGAAGAUACCGGCGCCCAAGUUCUACACCGGCGUGACCGCGAUGGGCAGAACUAUAUUCUUUGUGGGCGGACUGGACUCCACGGAGUCGAUUGAUCGGGCCAGUGCGGAGACAAUGGCCUACGACUUGGAUACCAAGAAAUGGUGGCACGAAAAGGACUCGUGGGCCUCGCCCAACGAUGUGUGGGAAUCAACCUGCGUGGCCAUCUACGUGCCCAAUUGCGAUGCCUAACUGCUGCGGAAGCAACUGCAGGCCUCCACCUCCAUCUCCAUCCUUCCCCAUCGAAUUUAGCGAUUCUCAUGAUAUUUUGCGAGAUUUUGUGAUGACUGCAGUGACAAGAAUGUGCCAAGCACGGCAACAGACCGCAUUUGCCUUAAUUUCGCUCUCGAACGAAUACACAGACAAUGAUAAAUUAUUAAAUAACCUUUAAUUAACUUGUAUAGACCGCAUAUGCCUUCAUUUCUCACUUGAUUGAUAAGUCAGAGCUCGAAAAAUAGGGUUUAUUUGCGUGGCUGCGACUCUCCUUUAAUUGCCAUGCAUAUUUCAUCCGUAAGCAAACAUAAUGUAUAAAAAUGACAGAUACUUGACAUUCAUGAGUUUGAAAAUGCAGCUUUUGAAACUUUUUUGAAGAAUGUAAAAGCAAACACAUAGAGCUAUGUCGUGAUCCAAUAAUGUAAAUAUAAAAAAAUCAUAAAGCUUAUAAAGAAUUAGCAUUCACGGCAUCUAAAUGACAUAUCGAAUUUGUAAAACGACCAAUUCAUUUUGCAUAUACUUGCUUUUAAGUUAUUUCGUAGAGCUCUUUACGAAGAAACCUUUUUUACGAGCUCUGAUAAUAGAGUGUAAAAUAUGUAGAACAUGUACUUAAUUUGUAUAAACUAGAAUAAGUUCGUUCCUAAUUCUGGACUGUCCUCCCCUCCUUCGUCGAAGCAUUCAUUCAUUCAUAAUUUUUUUUUCAACACAAGGCUUGAAAGCAUCCCUAUUUAAGUAAACAUUAAAAGUAGUAUUUCCUUGCGAUUCUGAGACAAGGACACUGCCUAAUUUAUUGCACUAAAACGUUCUUCGUUAAAUUGACGAUAAAAGGAAGGACUUUCUAGGCUUACAUUUUGUAUAUAGAAUUUAUUACUCAGUAUUUAAGGUCGUCGGCAAUAAAUUAAAUUCUAAAUCGA